GGACUAAACGGUUUUUCAUGUUUGUACUCAGCCCGAAAACAGGAAGUGGAUGAACGUUCGAUUAGCUUGCUAGUUUCAGUUAGAUAGUUUAGCUUGAUUUUGACCAGUGCAAUUACCAUGGGGUUGUUCGGUAGAACACCGGAAAAACCACCAAAAGACUUGAUCAACGAGUGGUCUCAGAAAAUAAGAAAGGAAAUGAGAGUGAUUGACAGACAAAUUCGAGAUAUUCAAAGGGAACAAGAAAAGGUUAAGCGAUCCAUCAAAGAUGCUGCCAAAAAAGGACAGAAAGAUGUUUGUGUGGUUCUUGCAAAGGAGAUGAUCCAUUCAAAACGGGCAGUCACAAAACUUUAUGCCUCCAAAGCACAGAUGAACUCUAUCCUGCUCAGUAUGAAGAAUCAGCUUGCUUUGGUUCGUGUUGCUGGUUCCCUUCAGAAGAGCACAGAGGUCAUGAAAGCCAUGCAGAGUCUGGUCAAAAUCCCAGAGAUCCAGGCCACCAUGAGGGAACUGUCCAAGGAGAUGACAAAGGCUGGUAUCAUUGAGGAAAUGCUGGAGGACACAUUUGAGAGCAUGGAAGAUGGAGAGGAUAUGGAGGAGGCAGCAGAGGAGGAAGUGGACAAGAUCCUUUUUGAUCUUACAGCAGGUGCCCUUGGCAAAGCUCCAAGCAAAGUCACAGAUGCCCUGCCAGAUUUGCAGCCCGCCGGAGCAGCUGCUGCCUCAGAGGAUGAGUCAGAGGAGGAGGACAUGGAAGCAAUGCAGUCGAGGCUGGAAGCUCUGAGGAGCUAAAGCCAAUCGGCCCUUCUGCCGCCGUCAGCUCACACAAGGACAGAGACUAUUCUGGUGCAGUGUUAACAGAGCUGAGCAUCCUCUGCUUCAUAUUAUAAUUUCACUUCAUCUUUUGAGGUUUACAUUGUGCUAUGACGUAGAUUUGUUACAGCAUAAUAAAAAGAUGGUCUGCCUUUCGAACUAUUUUUUGAAGGGGGUGGCUGUGGGCAUAUCUUAUCAUCCAAAGUCAGUCAGAAGGUUAAGACAGGUGUAAAUAAUGUAAUUAUGGAAAAACCUUCUGAGCCUAAUGUGCUUUUUUUGUUUUCUCCAGAAUUUAGUCCUGGAAGCACAUGGGUAUUUAUAAUCCAACCAAGCCACUUGAUAAGUCAGUCAGCCGUACCUUUCUUCACUGGUAAUUAGUCCUAAAUGAUCCAAAACACUAGAGGUGAUGGGUGGAUUUAGCUGUUGUCUGUUAUUUUUUUCUGUACAGCCAGAAUAUAAUAGUUGUAUGUGUGGUCAUACAUGUUAAGUACACUCAGCAUAAAAUGCACGCUUAUUAUUUUUUACCGGUGUUUUGCAUUAACUCGUCAGAUGUUUGUUAUUCCACCAAAAUUGAGUUAUUUAUCCAAAAGAAGAUGCAGAGGAGCUAAAUUAAAACUGGUUACUGGAG